GCAGCAGUACAUGAACGGGCUGCCAGGGGCUGCUGCGGUUCUCUUCGUCCGCAGUAGGAAUGUUUCCCUGGACUCUUCCAUGAUGGACCCAGACUGGAACCUUUCUGUUUUUAUUCCAACAGAGCAUCCAGAGCUUCUAACAGGAACUCCCUCCAGUUAUCAGCUUUUAUUCAGACGGAAGGUGUUAGCCCCUGUUUAAGCUAGCGGCACAUUUCCGGGGAGUGGGUGUUUUUAUCUCACUUAACUGGAGUUAGCGGGACUCUUUAGGAAUAAAUGUUUCUGUUCACUGGUAAAGAGUAAUGCUGGGUAAACGGGAAGGAUUAAUCCGCUUUGGGAGGAAAAGCAUCAACAUCCAGGAAAAAAUGGGACUGAGAGAUGAUGAGUGAAGUGCUGUGGUUCCUCUCCUGGCUGCCUCUGGUCCUGACAGCUGUGAGCGAGCUCCCACCGCCCUCCGAGGUCAGGGUGACUCUGGAUCAUUCAGGUUACUUCCUGAGAUGGGAACGCGGGGCAGGAACUCCGCCUGGAACAUCUUUCUGUGUUCAAACCCAAAGGAGUAAUAACAAGUGGGAACCAGUAUCCGGCUGCCAGCAGGUCCAGAAACAGCUGACCUGCAACCUGACUGAGGCAUUCCGAGAAUACCUAGAGAUCUUUAAAAUCCAGGUGGAAGCUCAGCUGAAGGGCCAGAGAUCCCAGCCUGUCGUCCUUAAAGAUUACAAACCUCCGGCUCACCUUCCUCCGCCCGAGAUCGACGUCACGCUCUGCGGCUCCAUCUUCUGCGUGGAACUUCUGCCUCCGUACCUGAACCCCUGGGACAUUUAUAACCAUAUCCGUUACGAGAUCCAGGUUGACCAACAGGUAGAGCUGCGAACUACCACUGAUAAUGUUCAACAUGUUGUUUUAGAUUCUGGUGUUUUAAUGAUUUUCUUUUUUUUUACUAAUUUUUUUUUCUUUCACUUUAUGUUUCUAUAGAUUUAUUCACAUUUA